CCUCUUUCUAUGUGGCUUCCAACGGCUUGCCAUUUCCUCUGAAGAAUAGGAGUGCUCAGUUUUUCCCAGACGCCUUGGACAGCAAAUAAAAAGAGAAAUUUCACUGCUCGUUUCUCUUUUGCCUAGUCAGGACUGUCAAUCCAGUGAAGCUUCAGAAAUCUAAAUGACUGAAAGCAAUGACAUCUCUGCAGACAUGGCCUCUUACCUUCCUGGUUGUUAUUGCAGUGCAUUGUUCUAACUCGCUAGAAGACAAUCAGAUCCCCAGUUUGUGCACAGGCAGCCCAGGUAUCCCAGGAUCUCCCGGGUUGCAUGGCAGCCCUGGUCAGCCUGGCAGGGAUGGGCGAGAUGGGCGUGAUGCACAACCAGGAGAGAAAGGGGAAAAAGGCGACAGAGGAGAGCCAGGUCAUUCAGGCGAGAGGGGCCUAACAGGAGACCGAGGGGAUCUAGGGGAAAAAGGAGAGAGAGGAACCCCGGGUGAGUGUGCGGUGGCCCCCAAAUCAGCUUUUAGUGCCAAGCUCUCUGAGGCCCGCACUACACCGAUGGCAGUAGGGGAUGCUGUGCGAUUUGACACGGUGGUUCUGAAUGAGCAGGGGGAUUAUAAUCCUGAGACCGGACGUUUCACCUGCAGAGUGCCAGGUGUUUAUUACUUUGCCGUCCACGCCACAGUCUACCGCUCCAGCUUGCAGUUUGACCUCAUAAAGAAUGGACACACAUUGGCCUCCUACUUUCAGUUCUUUGGGAACUGGUCCAAACCAGCCUCACUGUCUGGAGGAACAUUAGUGCACUUGAUUCCAGGAGAUCAGGUGUGGGUGCAGAUGGCCCUGGGCGAGUACACAGGCUUUUACUCCAGCUCUAAGACCGACAGCACUUUCACUGGUUUUCUAGUGUACUCAGACUGGAAAAACUCUGCUGUUUUUGCAUAGAUUCAAAGGGUUGAUUCACCCAAAAUGCUAAUUCUGUUGUUAUUAACUCACCAUUGUCGUUCACAAAAGGAGAUGUUAGGCAGAAUGUUAGACCACCAUUCACUUUCAUUGAAUGGAAAAAAGAGUUAAUGAAAGUGAGAGUUGACUGAGACUAACAUUCUGCCUAACAUCUCCUUUUGUGUUCUCCAGAAGAAAGAAAGGCAUACAGGUUUGGAACAACAUGAGGGUGAGUUAUUAAUGAAAAUAAUGAGGUGAAUUAUCCCUUUAAAGCAAACCACACCUAGAUUUCUGUCUGUCUCAGAAAACAAUAUUGUCAUAGAUAAGACAAAAGCCUUUUUGGUCUUGACUGCAACAGCUCUCUUCCUUUUCAUCCAAGUCAAAUAUACUUGGCAUUACUGUUUUGAAAGGAAAUUUUUAUUCUGGUGGCAGGCACAAUAUUUUGUAAAAAAGCAUAAUUAAAUACAUUCGAACACUCUUCUGGAAUAUGAGUUCAAUAAAAACGACACACAUAAUUACCCAAUUUGUCAUUUAA